AGUGAGGAAACUACACUUUUUAAGGUCCACAGCUUUAUAAAUAAGGGAUCUUUCCUUCAAAGCUUAAAUAAAAAAUAUUAGCUAAGCCAGAGUCAGCACGACCAUAGGUGGAAAAUAAGAUGAAGAAAAACCAUUCAAAGGCUGUUCUCUCCUUUUUUUGUGUAACGAUUUUGUUCACAGCAAUGGGAAUGGCUGAAAACAAAUUUAUCCCAGUGAAUGUUGGUGUGGUUCUUGAUCUGGACAGUGAUUUAGAUGGCAGAAUUGCGUUGAGCUGCAUCGAAAUGGCCCUCUCAGACUUUUAUGCCACUCAUGGUGACUACAAAACCAGACUAGUCCUCAACACCAGGGACUCCAUGAAAGCUGUUGUUGGAGCAGCUGCAGCAGGCCUGGACUUGAUAAGAAAUGUGGAAGUCCAAGCAAUCUUAGGGCCAACAAAAUCAAUGCAAGCCAACUUUGUUAUUGACCUUGGAGAAAAAGCUCGGGUGCCCAUAAUGUCGUUUUCGGCAACAAGUCCUUCUCUUGCUUCCAUUAGGAGCACCUAUUUUUUUCAAGCUACACUUAAUGACUCAACUCAAGUGAAUGCCAUAAGUGCAUUGGUUCAAGCCUUCAAAUGGAGAGAAGCAGUACCCAUCUACGUGGACAACGUAUAUGGAGAGGGAAUCAUACCUUAUUUAAUUGACGCUUGGCGAGCAGUGGAUGCUCGUGUCCCCUCCGGGAGUGCAAUUCCCCCACCAGCCACUGACGAAGAAAUUGUUGAGGAGCUUUAUAAGCUGAUGGGAAUGCAAACUAGAGAUUUCAUUGUGCACAUGUAUGGCUCUCUUGGCACUAGGCUUUUCGCCAAGGCAAAAGAGAUUGGUAUGAUGAGUGAAGGUUGUUUUUGGAUCAUGACUGAUGGUCUGACAGCUGAUUUGUUGAGUUCACAAAAUCCUUCUGUUACUGGGACAAUGCAAGGGGUACUGGGUGCUAAACCUUAUGUUCCAAGUACAAAAGAGUUCCAAGAUUUUCGAGAUCGGUGGAAAAGGAAAUUCCAACAAGAUAAUCCAUAUAUUAUUGAUGCUGAGUUGAACAUUUACGGACUUCGGGGCUAUGAUGCUGCGACAGCUUUGGCCUUGGCAGUUGAGAAAGCUGGAACUACAAAUUUUGGCUUCCGAAAGGCAAAUGUUUCUAGCAGUUCAUCAACGGACCUUGCAACUCUUGGCGUCUCUUUCAAUGGUCCAAGCUUUCUUCAAGCUUUAUCAAACACUAGUUUCAAAGGUCUAACAGGAGAUUACCAUUUCGUUGAUGGGCGGUUGCCAUCUCCAGCUUUCCGUAUAGUUAAUGUGAAUGGAAUUGGAGGGAGAGAGAUUGGAUUCUGGACACCAAAAGAAGGACUUGUGAAACAAUUCGUUCCUAGUAAUGGUACGAAGUCGAAUUCUGUGUUCGGUAUUUCUACUGUAAUUUUCCCAGGGGACACAACUGCUGUUCCCAAGGGAUGGGGGAUUCCCACAAAAGAAAAGAAGUUGAGAAUAGGAGUACCGGUGAAGUCUAGCUUAAGACAGUUUGUGGACGUCAUAAGAUAUCCUAGUUCUAACACCACCAUAGUCACUGGAUUCUGCAUAGAUAUUUUUGAUACCGUCGUCAAAAAAUUGCCCUAUGAUUUGCCUUAUGAGUAUGUCCCCUUUGCCAAGCUUGACGGCCAGUCUGCUGGAACUUACGAUGAUCUGGUCUAUCAAGUGUACUUAAGGAAAUUUGAUGCUGUGGUUGGAGACAUUACCAUUCUCUACAGCAGAUCCUUGAUCAUCGACUAUACCUUGCCUUUCAUGGAAAGCGGUGUCUCCGUUAUUGUUCCUAUAGAAGGCCACAAUAUCGAAAAUGCUUGGUUCUUCUUGAAACCCUUGACAUGGGACCUUUGGGUGAGCAGUCUUUUAUUCUUUGUUUUCAUUGGAUUUGUUGUCUGGGUUCUUGAGCACAGAAUAAAUGGAGAUUUUCGAGGACCUGCUUCACAUCAAACUGGCACUAUCUUCUGGUUUUCCUUCUCAACGAUGGUGUUCGCACAACGGGAGAGAGUGGUUAGCAACUUGUCUAGAGUAGUGGUAAUCAUAUGGUGUUUUGUUGUGCUGAUCCUCACACAGAGUUAUACCGCCAGUUUAUCUAGCCUACUUACAGUCCAGCAGCUAAAAGUUACUGAUGUAAAUGAGCUCAUUAAGAAGGGGGAGUAUGUGGGCUACCACAAGGAUUCUUUUAUUCUACGAAUCUUGUUAGGGUUGGGGUUCGACAAGUCCAAGCUCAUUGCGUAUAGUUCUCCGGAAGAAUGCCUCGAACUCUUCUCCAAAGGGAGUGGAAAUGGUGGUAUUGCUGCUGCUUUUAAUGAAGUGCCAUAUAUAAAAGCAUUUCUGUCAAAAUAUUGCUCCAAAUAUACCAUGAUUGAUGCUACUUUCAAAACCGGCGGUUUUGGCUUUGUCUUCCCUAAAGGUUCUCCUCUAGUACCUGACAUAUCAAGGGAAAUUUUGAAUAUGAUUGAGGGAGAUAAGAUGAAGGAAAUCCAGGAUAAAUGGUUUGCCAAUCAAACUAGUUGUCCAGAUUCUGGCACUUCCGUUUCAUCUAAUAGCCUUAGUAUCAAGAGUUUCUGGGGAUUAUUUUUAAUUGCUAGAGUAGGUGCACUUUUAGCUCUCAUUAUCUUCAUAGCGAUGUUUGUUCAUCAGGAGGGGAGAGUAGCCUUGAGACCCUCUGAUUCCACAACUUCAAUAUGGAGUAAAAUUCGACAUUUGUUUAGCAUUUUCAAUCAAAGGGACUUCACAUCUCAUAUCGAAGUGAAUGGGGUUCACCUUCCUAGUAUGGGCACGGCAAGUCAAUCGGGCAAUUCAGCUCACACUGAAAUUCAUGGAUAUCCGUCCUCUGCAGGGUAUGAUACCAGUCGAAAUAGCCAAGCACAUCAAGUAACAAGUGCUGAUCAGCUCACCAACCCAAAUAAAGAGAGGCCUGUUAAGGAAAAUCAGAAGUCUAAGGUUAAUCAUGAGGCCCCUCCGCGUACUGAUCAAAGGUCCAAUUCUAUUCUUCAUCAGAGGACUAAUUCCUACUAGUACUCCUACUCCUUGAGAUAACAACGGUCCGGCACAGCUACAUUCUCGGUUUUUCUCGUUCUUAUAUGACUUGCUGUCCCAUAUAACUUAAAAUCCAAUGAACAAGCCUACAAGAGACCAGAAGGGGCUGCUCACUUGUACGAAUUUGGAGAAUUCCUUCUGUAUAUAUAUAUAUAUAUUGUUUCCUCCUCCAA